CGAGGACGUGAGAAGGCGGCGGGGCCAAGAUGGCGGCGCGGGCGGGGGGCUGCGGGGGCCGGGGGGCGGUGGGACGCUGACCCCGCCCCCCGCUGCUGCCGGUCGGAGUCGGAACUGCGGAGCUGGAACAUGGCGGCGGCGCGCGGCUUCGGGCCGGAGCGGGACGCAGAGCCCGCUAAGGAGGCGCGCGUCGUGGGCUCCGAGCUCGUAGACACGUACACGGUUUAUAUCAUCCAGAUCACUAAUGGCAGCCAUGAAUGGACAGUCAAGCACCGUUACAGUGACUUCCAUGAACUACAUGAAAAGCUUGUUGCAGAGAAAAAGAUUGAUAAAAAUCUACUUCCACCCAAAAAGAUAAUUGGGAAAAACUCAAGAAGCCUGGUGGAAAAGAGAGAGAAGGACCUGGAAGUGUACCUCCAGACCCUCCUGGCUGCCUUCCCUGGUGUGGCCCCCAGGGUGCUGGCCCACUUCUUGCAUUUUCACUUCUAUGAGGUAAACGGCAUCACUGCAGCAUUGGCUGAAGAACUGUAUGAAAAAGGAGAACAGCUCCUGGGGGCCGGCGAGGUCUUUGUCAUUGGGCCCCUGCAGCUGUAUGCAGUCACGGAGCAGCUGCAGCAGGGGAAGCCCACAUGCGCCAGCGGGGACGCCAAGACUGACCUUGGGCACAUCCUGGACUUCACCUGUCGCCUUAAGUACCUGAAGGUUUCUGGCACAGAAGGACCUUGUGGGACCAGUAACAUUCAAGAGCAGCUCCUACCAUUUGAUCUGUCAAUAUUCAAGUCUCUUCAUCAGGUGGAGAUAAGUCACUGUGAUGCUAGGCACAUCCGAGGACUGGUUGCCUCAAAGCCCACCUUAGCUACCCUGAGCAUCCGCUUCUCAGCAACCUCCAUGAAGGAAGUCCUUGUUCCUGAAGCCUCAGAAUUUGAUGGGUGGGAGCCAGAAGGCGCAGCCUUUGAAGGCCCUGUGACUGCCAUCAUCCCCACAUGGCAAGCGUUGACCACUCUCGACCUGAGCCACAACAGCAUCUCCAAGAUCGAUGAGUCUGUGAAACUGAUCCCAAAGAUUGAGUUCCUGGACCUGAGUCACAAUGGAGUGCUGGCCGUGGACAACCUGCAGCACCUGUACAACCUCGUGCACCUUGACCUGUCCUACAAUAAGCUUUCCUCCUUGGAAGGCGUUCACACUAAACUGGGCAAUAUUAAGACCCUGAACCUGGCAGGCAACCUCCUGGAGCAUCUGAGUGGCCUGCACAAGCUCUACUCCCUGGUCAACCUGGACCUCAGCUACAACAGAAUUGAACAGAUAGAGGAGGUCCGGAGCAUAGGUGGUCUGCCGUGUCUGGAGCACGUGUCCCUGCUGAACAACCCUCUAAGCAUCAUCCCUGACUACCGGACCAAGGUGCUCACACAGUUCGGAGAGCGGGCCUCGGAGGUCUGUCUGGAUAACACACCGACCACAGAGAAGGAGCUGGACACUGUGGAAGUGCUGAAAGCCAUCCAGAAAGCCAAGGAUGUCAAGUCCAAACUGAGCAACCCAGAGAAGAAGGUUGGUGAGGAGUCCCGGCUCUCAGCUGCCCCCUGCAUCAGGCCCAGUGGCUCCCCUCCCUCUGCGGCGCCCACUUCUGCCUCCCUGCCCCAGCCCAUCCUUUCUAACCAAGGGGUCAUGUUCGUGCAGGAGGAGGCCCUGGCCAGCAGCCUCUCAUCUACCGACAGUCUGACUCCCGAAGACCGGCCCAUUGCCCGGGGCUGCUCUGAUUCCCUGGAGUCCAUCCCUGCGGGACAGGCAGCUUCCGAGGAUUUAAGGGAUGUACCAGGAGCCGUAGGUGGUACAAGUCCGGAGCACACGGAGCCGGAGGUGCAGGUGGUGCCCGGGUCUGGCCAGAUCAUCUUCCUGCCUUUCACCUGCAUUGGCUACACAGCCACCAACCAGGACUUCAUCCAGCGCCUGAGCACACUGAUCCGCCAGGCUAUUGAGCGCCAGUUGCCUGCCUGGAUUGAGGCCGCCAACCAGCGAGAGGAGGGGCAGGGUGAGCAGGGUGAGGAGGAUGACGACGAGGACGAGGAGGACGCUGCUGAGAACCGCUACUUUGAAAUGGGGCCCCCAGACACAGAGGAAGAGGAGGGCGGCCAGGGGGAGGAGGACGAGGAGGAUGAGGACGAGGAGGCCGAGGAGGAGCGCCUGGCUCUGGAGUGGGCCCUGGGUGCAGACGAGGACUUCCUGCUGGAGCACAUCCGCAUCCUCAAAGUGCUGUGGUGCUUCCUGAUUCACGUGCAGGGCAGCAUCCGCCAGUUCGCCGCCUGCCUGGUGCUCACAGACUUCGGCAUUGCCGUCUUCGAGAUCCCGCACCAGGAGUCGCGCGGCAGCAGCCAGCACAUCCUCUCGGCGCUGCGCUUCGUCUUCUGCUUCCCGCACGGCGACCUCACUGAGUUCGGGUUCCUCAUGCCCGAGCUGUGUCUGGUGCUGAAAGUGCGGCACAGUGAGAACACGCUUUUCAUCAUCUCGGACGCCACCAACCUGCAUGAAUUCCACGCCGACCUGCGCUCCUGCUUCGCCCCACAGCACAUGGCCAUGCUGUGCAGCCCCAUCCUGUACGGCAGCCAUACCAGCCUGCAGGAGUUCCUGCGCCAGCUGCUCACCUUCUACAAGGUGGCCGGCGGCUGCCAGGAGCGCAGCCAGGGCUGCUUCCCGGUCUACCUGGUCUACAGUGACAAGCGUAUGGUGCAGACGGCCGCCGGGGACUACUCGGGCAACAUUGAGUGGGCCAGCUGCACCCUCUGCUCGGCCGUGCGGCGCUCCUGCUGUGCGCCCUCCGAGGCCGUCAAAUCCGCCGCCAUCCCCUACUGGCUGCUGCUCACAGCCCAGCACCUCAACGUCAUCAAGGCUGACUUCAACCCCAUGCCCAACCGAGGGACCCACAACUGCCGCAACCGCAACAGCUUCAAACUCAGCCGGGUGCCGCUCUCCACCGUCCUGCUGGACCCCACACGCAGCUGCACGCAGCCACGGGGCGCCUUUGCGGAUGGCCACGUGCUUGAGCUGCUUGUUGGCUACCGCUUCGUCACUGCCAUCUUCGUGCUGCCCCAUGAGAAGUUCCACUUCCUGCGCAUAUACAACCAGCUGCGAGCCUCACUGCAGGACUUGAAGACGGUAGUCAUCGCCAAGACCCCCACAGCCGGGGCCGCACCCCAGAGUCCACCGAUGGAUGGCCAGGCUGCCGAAGGCAGGGCCAGAUGCAGGGAUGACCAGCAUCCCCAGCAAGGCUCUGCAGAGGCUGCAGCCCAAGCCCCGACCCCAGCUCGAGUCCCAGCAGCAGCCUCAGCUACCGGCCCAGCAAAUACCCUGGCUCCGGCUCCAGCUCUGGCUCCAGCUUCAGCUCCAACCUCAGUGGAGGACCAGGUUCCACCUCCAGCCCCAGCAGAAGCGUCAGCUGCAGCUGUGGUCCCAGAGGAGGCUCCGCUGGAGAACCCACCUCCAGCCCAAGCUGAGGCCCCUGUCCAGUACCCAAGCGAGCAGCUGAUCCAGUCCACCUCUGAGGAAAACCAGCUCCCCCUGCACCUGCCUGUCUGCCCAUCCCUUCAGCACAUUGCCGGCCUGGGGGGCAAGGCCGUCAUCGAGCUCUUCCACAGCAGCAUUGCCGAGGUUGAAAAUGAGGAGCUGAGGCACCUCCUGUGGUCAUCAGUGGUGUUCUACCAGACCCCGGGGCUGGAGGUGACCGCCUGUGUGCUGCUGUCCACCAAGGCUGUGUACUUCGUGCUGCACGACGGCCUGCGCCGCUACUUCUCAGAGCCACUGCAGGAUUUCUGGCAUCAGAAAAACACUGACUACAACAACAGCCCCUUCCACAUCUCCCAGUGCUUUGUGCUCAAACUCAGUGACCUGCAGUCAGUCAACGUUGGCCUUUUUGACCAGCACUUCCGGCUGACGGGCUCCUCCCCAGCACAGGUGGUCACAUGCCUGACUCGAGACAGCUACCUGACGCAUUGCUUCCUCCAGCACCUCAUGCUUGUGCUCUCCUCGCUGGAGCGCACACCCUCACCUGAGCCUGUCGACAAGGACUUCUACUCAGAGUUUGGGAGCAAGACCGCAGGGAAGGUGGAGAACUACGAGCUGAUCCACUCAAGUCGUGUCAAGUUCACCUACCCCAGCGAGGAGGAGGUUGGGGACCUAACAUACAUCGUCGCCCAGAAGAUGGCUGAUCCAGAGAAGGCCCCAGCCCCUAGCAUCCUGCUGUAUGUGCAGGCCUUCCAGGUGGGCCCCUCGCCACCUGGGCGCUGCCGGAGCCCGCUGCGCCCCAAGACACUCCUGCUCACUAGCACAGAGAUCUUUCUCUUGGAUGAGGACUAUAUUCACUACCCGCUGCCUGCGUUUGCCAAAGAGCCACCACAGAGGGACAGGUACCGGCUCGAUGAUGGCCGUCGUGUCCGGGACUUGGACCGCAUUCUCAUGGGCUACCAGCCGUACCCGCAGGCCCUUACCCUUGUCUUUGAUGACAUGCAGGGCCACGACCUCAUGGGCUGCGUCACCCUGGACCAUUUCGGGGAGGUGCCGAGUGGUUCUGCCAGGGCCGGCCAGGGCCGUGAGAUCCAGUGGCAGGUGUUUGUCCCCAGCGCUGAGAGCCGAGAGAAGCUCAUCUCACUGUUGGCCCGCCAGUGGGAGGCCCUGUGCGGGCGGGAGCUGCCCGUAGAGCUUACCGGCUAGCUCACCUGCCAUGUCUAGCCUGGUGCCUACUCAGAGCAGGGGAGCAGCCUUUCUUUGUUCUCUUAGGAGUGUUUUCUCCCCUCCCUUCUGGUACCUUAAUUUGACAGUCCCUGCUGAGAAUGUGAA